GGAAAGCGUCGGUCGGGAUGGAACAGGCCGGAUCUGGGUAGCCGGAAACCAAGCCCGGCACUCCGUGGCAUGUCAUCGCAUACGGCGCGAAGAUUGCUUUGUUGCCAGGCCGUGCAUGCACCCCCCCAUUGGCCCCGGCACCUUUACAGACAUUCCCGCCGUGUCACCGGUACGCAGCGUUGAGAAUGCAAACAACGCCUACCUGUGGUCGAUCUGGCGCGAGACAUUGAAACUCUUGCAUGUUUACAUGUAUGCUGGGCAACUCUUGGCAGCGCCGAGAAAAGCCACCUCCAUUGUGGACAAACUGUUUGCCCCUUCGUUCCCCCAAAACCUCCAUUCUUCUUCUUCUCUCUCCUCUACUUCCCCUAUCAACUCACUCAUCGCUCCCGGUAAACAAACACAAGCAGCGCCAAGCCAGAGUUGUGGACCGAGAUUCGAAAUGCCUUGUGCUGGACUCUCCACCGCCCGCCAUCUCUCCCCUUGUUUGGAACGGCACCGAGUGCGCCGCCUCCCUCCGGCUCAGCAUCCCCGGAUGAGCGAAGCCCUUGGGAGAUCAUCGUCGGUCGCCUGGCGCGCGCUGGAUGUGAUGGAAGUUUAGUCCUCAGUCUCAGCGGAGGGGCGGCACACUCUCCCAUGUGGAGCAGCCA